AUGCUUGAAGAAGGGUUAAUGCUAGAAAUAUUGUACUUUCUUCGACGCGGGUGCAGCGGUGUUGCUGCUACUUUGCUAUCGCCGCAAUCCAACAAGGCUAACCUCGGGAAAUCUGCUUUAUUAUUUCAAGCAUUGAUGUAUUUGAGGAGCGAUAAAUGUGAAGAUGCUGUACGGCUGCUUUAUUCGAUAAAAGAUGACAAAGACUUGGGACUAGCUUCUCUUAUUUGUUUGUCACAUGCAUACAAGAUCUCUCCAACAAAUCAAGCAAAGGCUGAAGAAUUUGAUGCAGAGGUGAAGAAUGUUAGGCGUACGGCAAACAGCAUGGCUCUCUACUAUGCUGGCGCUAGUCUUUUUGCAUUACAGCGAUUCGAAAAAGCCAAGGAAUUUGCUGAAAAAUCAAUGAAACAAGGGUCGCUUAUCGUAAAAUAUGCAUUUGUUUAUAUAAUACAUAGGCUAAACAUCUUGUUGGAUUUGCUUCAUGCCAUUGUUCAAAUAGAGACCUUCAAAGAACGGCUGAGUACUUCUUUGGAAAUGAAUCAGGGUAAUAGGCAUAGAAAUGACGGAGUUGAAAAACUAUUCGGCCUUGCUAUUUGCGCAGAAGUCACUGGCGACUUGCCAGAGUCACUAAGAUUACUCAACCAAAUUAUUAUGCGGUUUCCGAAUUUCUUACCCGCUUUUGCCGAGAAAGUUGACGUGCUGUUACUGUCGGAUCAGUGGGAGCGGGCACUUGAAGCAGCAUCACGUUCUAUCCAGCUUAUCGCAGCUUCACUUAACCUAGCCACUGAACAUACAAAGGAAGCCUUGAAUAACUAUAAGAAAGCCAUGAAAAUUGAUGAAUCAAGCAUAGAAAGCAUGAACGGUCUUAUUCACUGCCAACUUCUUCAAGGAGACAUAAAAGAUGCCGCCUUACAACUCGAACUACUGGAUGAACUUUUGCCGACGAUAGGGGUGUCAGCAGAAACUGUCUAUCUUCAGGCCCUUCUAUUAUGCAAACAGAAGGGCAAGGAUUGCGAAAUAAUGCGCCUACUUGACAAAGCGACGGAUCUGCACUUCAAGAGAUUGAAGGAUCUGCCGCACUCCAUGGAUUACUACAUUCAACUCAAUCCAGACUUUUUGUUGCAACUCGUAAACGCCUAUUUAACUCUUUCACAGCAACCCCUUUUAAUUAUGUCUGAUGGCAAGUUCUUAGCAAGUGAAGAAAAUGGGCUAUUAUCUCUUUGGCCCGAUGAACAAAUGCUCCUAAAUAGAGUAGAGCGUCUUCUUUUGCAAAUUUUGGAGAUUGCACCAGGUAUCCAAAAGGCCACCUACCUCCUAGCUCGUGUUCAUUUGCAUAGGGGCAAUUUACAAAGUGCCCUAAAAUUCAGUCAAGCCGCUGUCGACGUCGAUCCUACUUGUAUCGAUGCACAUGCUCUACAGGCCACUAUUUAUCUUUCCCAAGGGAAUCUACGAAUGGCUGAGCAAGCGCUUGAAAUCGGCCUAAGUAAUAACUUUGAUCUCCGAAAUCACCCGCUUAACAACCUCGUUCGAGCGGCAGUCUGUCUUAAAGGCGGCGAAACAGAAAAGGCCAUCAAAGUGCUCAGUGAGACAUUAGCUAAUCCCGAUGCACCGGGACGAUCAGCCAAACCGUUGUCUAAAUUAAACUACUCUGAAUUUUGGAUCACAAUAUACGCUGAGUUGAUCUACGCCUACCGGAAGAUGGGCAAAAUGCGCGAUGCUAGGCGGGUACUGGCAGAAGCGCGACAAAUAUAUGCCAACACAUUGGAGACGGACAGGCUUGCUAUUAUAGCAGCUGACAUGGAUUUGGCGGAGGGAAAUUUGGAAGCUGCUCUUGUGCAGCUCCGCACUAUCACCUCCGACAGACCUGGCUACAUUUUAGCAAAGCAGCGAAUGGCCGAUGUAUACCUUAAUCACAGGAAGGAGUGGAAACUUUAUAUCGCGUGUUACAGGGAGCUAGCCGACACCUUGGACAUGUGUGUCUUCGCACACCUCCUUCUGGGUGAUGCGUACCUUCGGGUGGAGCAGCCGGAGAGAGCAAUCGAGGUGUACGAGUCGGUGUUGAGAUGGGAGCCGGGGGAUCUGCGAGUGGCCAGCAAGAUGGGCGAAGCACUGGUCAUGACGCAUGAAUUUGAGCGAGCCGUACUCUACUACGAGUCAGCGCUUCAACGCGGUGCGCCGAUUGGUCACAGUCCACUCCUGCCUGACCUCACUCUCCUUCUUGUGCGAUUGAAGCAAUUGGACAAGGCGCAGGAAAUUCUCACUGCUGGUUUGGAGAGCAUUAAAACCUUCACAGACAUCCCCGACCUUCAACGAUCUACAGACCUACUAAUCCUUCUUGGCACCGUGCACCAAUUACAGGAGGAUUAUUCAAGACAGCUGGCUGCGUUUGGACAAGCCAGUAAGGUCAUAGGUGAUAUUCAAAAACACAUAACUGCUGAAGAGUCGUCGGAUAUUAUGAUUGCCUGUCGAAAGCUCCUAGUCAGCGUUCAGAUCCACACUGCGGACACCCUGUUAAGGAUGCAUAAGAGGUCACAAAGCAUAGUAGAGACGAACUCCAAAGGUCCAGGACGUGAGGCAUCAACAAAACUAACUCAAAGUGGCGAAGAGGAUGACCUUGUAACUGCCAGCGACCUCACAAGAUUGACUCGAGGAAGUUCAGGAUCCUCGAAGGAAUUGGAAAAAGCCAUUGCCACUUGUGAGGAGGCAAUGCGAGGAGUUGGGAUGAUUCAUUCUCCCAACAUUACUGAUCGCCUGAAGCAGGCUGCGGUGAUGUCUCUAUUGGCUCGUUGUCAUUUAGCUAAUCGUGACAGGGCUCAAUGUGAACAGGUCUGCUUGAAGUUGGCUGUCUGUCAGGAGGAGAUUCAGGCAAUUAAUGAAGAUAUAACAUUUGCUGAUUUCAACGUACCUGUUGAGCUUUUCUACCCAAUGGUGGCCGACAAGAAUGCGUCAGAAAUGUCGCGUUCUAACACAUUUCCCUUGAGAAGAUGUGCCGCGGUAUUUAAUUUUGUUCCAACAGCUAUCAUCAUGGCAGACCUACUAACGCUUGAAUGCGAUUUUACGGGUGUUAUACCACACCUGCUGAAACAUUUGAAUGAAGUGCCAAAUGACUAUCGAGCAAUGACCCACUUGAUUAGCACUUACCGUCGCCUUGGCCAGUUGUCGACAGCGGAGGAGUACUUGCACAGGGUUCUGGAGGCUCAACCCUCUGCUAAGUCGGAUCCUGGAUUUAACUUUGUUCGAGGGUUCAAUUAUUGGUAUAGAGGCGACACAAAUCUCGCAAUUCGCAGUUUCAAUGUUGCUCGUUUGGCUAGAGAAUACGAGGUGGACGCGUUAUGCGCGAUGGUGGAGUGCUGUCUCUCGCUAGCAUUGUAUCGCAUUUUUCCUUCUUUCGCCUCCUCCACCACCGCCUGCCUGGACAGCGAUAUACGUUCGGUUAGACUGCCGACGACUGUAAACACCACGGCAAAUGCCAUGGAGGCCGGUGAUGAGACCCCGACUAUCAGGUUCAGCGAUGCUAUUACUGUUGGUCAACCCGGUGCCGACAUGGAUGCUGAAGAUGUUGAAUCUGCGGGCUACGAGACGGCUGGUUUGCUGCUAGUGUACGAAAGCGUUCCAGCCAUAUACGGUGCCGCUGUUUGCUACCUCCUGCUGGGUCAGGAUCAAAAGGCGAAAAAUCAACUAAAACGUCUGGCCAAGUACGCGUGGACUCCUGAGGUGGGUGGUUUGCUUCCUAGCUAUCCAAUGGCUUCGGGACUUCUGAAAUACAUUAAUGGAUGGAUAUCAGUCUACGAGAACAGUUCUCCCAACUAUUUUCCUUUGAUUUCAAACCCACCUCCUGGUGACAAUUAUCGGUUAAAUGAACCUCAUGGAUGUGAUGCCAACCUGUCCCUCCAGCCUCCUGUAGUAUGGUGUCUGCGUAAUGCGGGAUAUGCAGUAGUAGUAGAUCGGGCCACUUACAAAUGGGGAUUGGCGGAUCGCCUAAGUAUGUGCAACGCCUUUGCACCAAUGGUGCCCAAGCAGCAGUCCUCUGUGGUAAAAGUGGCCUGCCUCUGCAACUGUUCACGCCGAUUCAUUGACUCAUGUUAUCGAGCCUGUGAAUUCAUGGGCGUGAUAGCGGAAAAAAAUAACUCCUAUGAAGACGCCGCAACGUACUACAACACGGCAUGGGAAAUUCUCAACAAACAAGAUCUUGCUAUUGGUUACAAGUUGGCUCUGAACUACUUGAAAGCCAAGGAUUACUUUCGAACUGUUGAUGUCUGCCAUGAGGUAGGUGUGCGUACUCAGCAUUGCACCAAACUAUGGGCAUAUACAGAGGACCAUUCUUCGGAGGGCUCUCGAUGCUAUGCGCACAUGACGCCAACUGACAUCAGGCGCUCCUGCAAUAUAUCCUGA